CUUCAGUUCCUUCGUUGGUGACAGUGACAGUGCGCAGCGCACCUUCUCAAUGGCAGGCACUGCAAUGAAAAUGUGCUGAUUUGUGUGCCAGCAGGUACGUAUCCCUGCCCCUUCUCAUUUCCCUCCCGUCCUUGCGUGAACCGAUUGGAAGUUUGAUGCCUGCGCCUGGGUGAGUGAACCUGGCCCGGGCCCUGGUUUGUACCUGCCCGUUGCCCGCUAAUAGGUGUCAUUGCUACUCCCCCACUGGCUCUUGAAACUCCAACUUUUUACUUGCUUGCUCUUGUCGUUGCUCCUUCGUCUUGUCGUCCGUCCCUUCUUCCCGCUCUCCUCAUGCAAUACCUGGACCUAUCUCUCCAGGUAUCGUCAUCCCCAUCCCUUCACCAGGUGGGUGUUCGACGACAUCGACGACGGCGACAACGACGACCAAGGCCCUUCCCUUCACUUCCCCUCCCAGAUUCACCGCUAUCCGCUUAUCGUGACUCUCGCCUGGAGUGAACCUGGUCUCGUGCAACUUCUCCUCAAUCGGUCUUCCUUGCCUCCAGGAUCAACCACCGAGGUGAUCUUAAUACGGGAAAUCCCUAUCCCUCUUUCCCUUGUCUUCAUUCUUGUCACUCAUCUCCCCAUCGUCGUGUCUGUCCUACCUACCUACCUAUCUACCUCUACACUUCGACCACACGUGGUAGAGAGAUUGUUUGCUGGGGAUCCUUCUUUUGGUCUCUCGAUUCAUUUCACGCCAGUCGAUCGACGCUCGAGUCGAACCACAUAUCGAGAUAUUACGACCUGUUUGAUUGCCAUUUCGGGUAACGCUUCACCGUCAUAUAUCCCUAUCACGCUCGCGGACUAGCACCGUCGGCGACACACCAAUAUCGACAUUAUCCAGUCCAACCGACCACUAGGUUUUACUCGUCUAGCCAGCUAGCCUUCAACCACCACCCCAGUCCUUCCUCUCGUCUACUUGACCCUUGCCAUCGCCCACUCCCGCUUCCGAAGAUGGCGUCCCUCGUCGAACAUGAGCGGAACAAGGCCGGCCUGCACCUUGAGACCACCACGACCCGCCUCGAGCCAAAGACUUCCCGAGAUACCCUCAUUCCAGACGGCCUCUCUCCCAUGGUCGAAAAGAACAUGACAUUAUCGCGCCCCUCAGACGUCUCUACCCCCUACAGCGCUCGUGCCAAUCCCUUCGACUCCGACAUCGAAGCCAUGGUCACCAAUGAAACCUGCGUCAAGAAGACUACAACAACAAAGGGAGCCACAACAGAGUGCCAGGUAUGGCCCGGUCAAGACCACUGGAAGCAGAAGGCAAAGGAUGCCAAGAUGACCCGUCACACUUGCAACUGUCUGGCACAAAUGAGCAAACGCAACCGCAUCAUCGUCAAGGUCAUGAUCGGCUUGCUCGUUAUUGGUCUUGCCGUUGGCGUCGGCUUUGGCGUCAGCAAGCCGCUCGGUGCCGGUAUCUGGAAGAGCGAGAGGCAGAAUCAAAAAUAACUGGACCACCUCUGGGACACCUGGGUGCCGCCUUCUCGUUGAGAAUCUUUUGGUGGAUCCCGCACAAUUGCCCAAUAUGCGCAUCAUGAGGAUGCCGCGACUACAAAGAGGAUGCCUUCAUAGCCCUCUGUUUGACAACCCUACCCGGCCCGCAACAGCCUGCCAACAUUUUCCUUUGUCUCUUGUCUGCCAUGUCUUGGCAGGCUGCAUAAUCGCCCUGCUUUUUGGUCCUUCAAGCGGUUACGGCGUUAAAAUGACUUUAUAUCCUUCGUGCUCGGUCGGUCAUAGAACGCGACACAUGCGGAUGGCGUUGGACGGAGUUUAGUUCGACUUGUUUCGAUAUGGCGAAAUGGAUUUUGGCAACUACAUCUAUUCUUCUUGAUGCAAAUGGUUUGGGAAAGAAAGAGAAGGGAUAUUGAGGGGUUGUCAUGAUACAUCUUCAAAAGGAAGAACGUGAAGGAAAAGCAAUUGGUACAUGAUAUAUGCAACGCAAGGGAGAAAAGGGAUGACGAGGAAGCUGAAUGGAGCGGGGGUUGAAGACUUGGGUCACUGGGCUGGACCUGGACGAUGAUGGGAACAUGACGGAUUUUCCCAAAGCAUUGCAAGACUUAAUUCAGCAUCAGAUAUGGUUAUGGAUGCAAAUCUGAGGAGUGAGUCAGAAAGGCUCAUGCAGCUUGUAUCAGUUGUUGUUGUUGUUGUUGUUGUUGUUGUUGUUGUUGUUGUUGUUGUGGUUGCUUCAGUUAGUGUUGCGAUUUGUGGAUGACUAAUGACAAUGGGUGCCCUUGUUGGUAUGCUUGGGUGCUUUGCUUCCCUGGUAUACUGUUCUCGUUCCGUCGACCUUGUCAUGUUAUUGUCGGCUUAGAUGGCUUUGCGAAGAUCAUGACUUGUUUGUAUCACUUGUAAACUACUUGAUAUCGUUCUAGACGGCAUAGGGGCAUAUGUAUGGCUAAGACAUGGAUACAAUGGGUGCAUGGAAGACAAAAGACGGUUACUACAUCUGCCAAGGGUUCUGCUGUGGGUAUCCCCCAAUCCAUCAUUAUUAACAGUCUCA